AUGCCGUCUUCAGUGUUCUACAAGUUCAAGAACUCAAAAGAGCCCGAACUCAUCUUCUUCGAGGGCACCAGCAUCAGCGUCUUCGAGUUGAAGCGCGAAAUUAUCACCGCCUCCGGUCUCGGCGAUGGCACCGACUUCAACCUCCACAUCUAUCCGGAGCACGACAUGAAUAGCGAGUACAAGGACGAUACCACCCUCAUCCCUCGAUCCGACACAGUCAUCGCUGUCCGCCGGCCGGCUCCCCGUGGCCGCGGCCGUGCCGCUCGUUAUGUGACAGGAAGAGCGCCUGUACGCGCAAUCACGAAAGAGACGAAGCCCGCACCGAGUGCACCCGGCGGUGGCGCUGAGUUGACCGAGACAGACGCCGAAGCUGCCUUCCUAGCCGAGUCCGCUUCGGUCUGGGAUGCACAAAAGGAAGCACUGUCGCACGCGAAACCUGUAUUCCACAAGAAGAAAGCAGUUGUGGUACCGAAUCACGACCCACCACCUGGCUACGUUUGCCGUCGCUGUAACAUCAAGGGUCACUGGAUCCAAGCAUGUCCGACAAACGAUGACCCGGACUUCAAGCCUGUGUUCCAGGCCAAGCGCACAACGGGAAUCCCCCAAUCUUUCCUCAAGAAGGUUGAGAAGCCCAUAGAUGAGGAGGCAGCAAAGGGUGUGAUGCUGAACGCGGAUGGUGAAUACGUCCAGGUGAUGGCGGACACAAAGACAUGGGAGAAAUUUCAGGAAAAGGUCAAUGCCACCAAGGCACAAGCUGCUAGCGCAGACGCGGCUAGCGAGGAAGUUCGUCAGCGUGGACUAGAGUGCUCGAUCGACAAGCGGAUGUUUGUCGAUCCAGUCAAAACCCCAUGUUGUAGUAAGACGUACUGCCGAGAGUGCAUCGACAACGCACUGGCAGAUGGAGAUUUGAUUUGUCCGAAUUGUGCACAGGAGGAUGUUCUUAUGGAUGAUCUUGUUCCUGAUGAGGACAUGGUGAAGUCUAUCAAGGCGUUCGAAGCUGAAAGGGCCAAGGCAAAGUUGGACAAGGAGGAAAAGGCCAAGGCAGAAGUCCAAGCGGCGGCAGCAGCAGCAGUUGAAUCAGCAUCGUCGACCAACAAUGAACAUGAGAAUUCUGCCCCCCAGACUGCUACUGACGUGCCCAUACUCUCUGUUGCAGAAGCGGCGAAAACGUCGUGUACCAGUCCAGGCCCAGGUGGGCCUGGUAAUGGCUCGGACACUGAGUCGACCAGUUCCAAGAAGCGCAAAUCACCACCUACAGAGAUUCAGCCACCGUCGGCGCCCAAGGCGAUGCGGCAGCAGAAAGAGCAAGAAGCACGACAAGCUUCAAACCCGGCGGCGCAAAUGGAGCAGGAAUUCAUCAAACAAAUGGAAGCUUUGAAGAACGCGCCAGCCAAUAUGAAUAUGCCUAUGCCUAUGCCUCUGCCCAUGUCCAUGUCCAUGCCGAUGAUGGGCGGUAUGCCUGGGAUGUCGAAUAUGCCAAACAUGGCCAAUGGUGGUGGUGGUAUGCAUGGCAACAUGGGCUUCCCAGCGCCGCCUUUCCAGUCCAACAUGGGAUUCAACCAUGGACCGAUGAUGAACGGACAGAUGAUGGGUAUGUCUAUGCAGAUGCAGCCGAUGCAGAUGCAGAACGCGAUGAUGAACGGGGGCAUGAACGGGGGCAUGGGAAAUUUUGGUGGGAUGAUGAAUCAGGCGGGUCAAGAUCAGGGCCAGGCGCAGUGGAAUGGCGGGGGACAGAAUGGGGGAUUCCAUGGUGGUUAUGGAAAUGGGGGGAUGAAUGGGAUGAGCAAUGGGAUGCAUGGGUAUGGGCAGGGUGUACAGGGUGAUUACAACGAUGCGUAUGAUCGACAACCUGUGAAUCCCAGGCAUAGAAAUAGAAAGAGUAGGGCGCCAGACUUCCGGUAUCUCUAA